AUGGAUUAUGACCAGCGCCACAGGUUUUCACACGUUGGCAAUGGAGCGGAGGAAGCUCCAUUGCCAACGUGUGAAAACCUGUACUUCCGGUUGGUCCGUGGAGCGUCUAGUCCAGCCACCGAGGGCAAUGUCGAAUCUUUGAGACUUGGCAAUGUGUUCGUGAACAGUGGAGCUCAGACGCCGAUUGAUCGCAAGCCAACUUUUGAUGACUAUGGAGAGAGUUACGAGGACCCACUCAUUGUGCGAGUGCCGGAAGUAUGGUAUCAAUUGGAAGAUGCCAGCACACGCGCUGCAUUCGCGGGUACCCUACCACGUCCAGCCCCGCUCCCGGAAGGAGACACUGUCGAAGAUCUACUUAAUGUCGUCUAUGACGCGAAUCGAGAUGUGUUAGCAGGGUUUGUACCAUCUCAGCUCGUGGCAGAGACGCCCCUUAUCGUGAUGGUGCCGCAGCGCGAGGUAUACGGCGCACCGCCAGCGAGAGAAUUCAGGAACAUUGUCGAAAUCGGAGAUGAAAGCGAUCUGGAGGAGCUUCGGCGCUAUCACGAACAGGGCCGGCUGAUCCGUGACAAUUGCAAGGACUUCUGUUUGGACAACGAGAAGGCCGUGUUUAUUUGCGAGUGCGCGUACCUGGAGCAGGACGUGGAUAUUGGUGAAGUGAGGGGUAUCCUAACUGGAGUGGAAACCGAGUGGGUAGAAGACUGGAAUGUGAUCAUCGUGUUUUGCUCUCACCUUAACAUUUGCCGUACGGACUGGGCGCCCAAGAACGUUGGCUGUGUCAAGUUGACGCGUGGCGAGCGACCUGGAACUGUGAUCGUCACCUGGGUUUUUCAGCCGAAACUGGAGGAAAGGGAGAAGUUGGUGGUCGUAACCGAGACAGGGAUGAUAACAGAGGCGUGA